AUGGAAUCAACCAAUCGCCUCAGCGUGGAGCCUAUUGCCAUUGUAGGAAUGGCUUGCCGGCUUCCUCCAGAAAUUUCUAGCCUGGGAGACUUUUGGAGCUUCUGUGCUCAGGGGAAGAGUGCCUGGGCUGAGAACCCCGAAGGUCGGUUUGAGAACGCCGCCUUUUGGAACCAGAACGCGGACCGAAAGGGAAAGAUUAAUAACAAAGGAGGGCAUUACUUGAGCCACAACCUUGCCCAUUUCGAUGCUCCGUUUUUCCGCAUUACGGCCAACGAAGCCAAGGCUAUGGAUCCACAACAACGAUUUCUUCUCGAGAUUACCUACGAAGCGUUAGAGAAUGGCGGCUUCCCAGUCGAGGAAUUGGCCGGCAAGGACGUUGCGGUCUUUGCAGCAAACUCAUUCUCGGACUACUUGCAUGGUAUCACACGGGAUCCCGAGACUGCACCAACCUUUGCAAUGACCGGCUGUGAUCCCUGCAUGAUUGCAAAUCGACUCUCCCACUUCUUCGAUUUCCGCGGCCCUAGCAUUACCGUUGAUACCGCAUGCUCCUCAGGGUUGACUGCCAUCCACUUGGCCUGUCAAAGCCUUCGUUCUGGAGAUGCGCCUUACGCUAUCGUGGCCGCUGCACAUCUCAAUAUCUAUCCUCAAAGCACAAUUAUAUACUCCCUGUCUCAGCUUCUUUCUCCCGAUGGAAAGUGUUACGCGUUCGACGACCGGGCUACGGGGGGAUUCGGGCGAGGAGAGGGAGCCGCAAGUUUGGUGCUCAAGCCUCUCAGCGCGGCUCUGGAAGCAGGUGACCAUAUCUACACUGUCAUUAAAAACACGGGUGUCAACCAAGAUGGCCGGCCAAGUGCUGGAAUCACUGUGCCAAGUGGUGAGGCCCAAGAGAACUUGAUUCGAUCUCUAUACACCUCCUGUGGCAUCGACCCAUCCCAGACUCGGUAUGUGGAGGCUCAUGGAACCGGCACUGCCAUUGGUGAUCCAAUAGAGGUGCAAGCCAUAGCCAAUAUCUUCGGUAAGCAGGGGACCGGUUUGGAGCCAACGUUUAUAGGGUCGGCGAAGUCAAACUUUGGGCAUUUAGAAGGGGUCAGUGGCCUAGUAUCGGUCAUCAAGACCGCCAUGAUGCUAGAGAAGGGAGUGAUUUUGCCCAACACCAACUUUGCUAAUCCAAAUCCUAAACUGCAUCUGGAAGAGCACAAUCUCCAAGUGCUCAGUGAGAUAAAGCCCUGGCCCAAGUCUGGAAUUCGCCGGGCAUCCGUCAAUAACUUUGGUAUUGGUGGUUCCAACUCGCAUGGGAUCUUUGAGCAAGCACCUCUAAGACCUAUCCAAAAGCCGUCAAACGGCUCGUAUAUUUUUGCUCUCUCAGCCAAGUGUGAAUAUUCCGGUCGAAUGCAGCUGGGCCAGUUGUCGGCCUAUCUGCGAAAGGAUCCCCUAUUCUUCAAUAAGACCAUUAUGGAAGACCUCGCUUUCACCCUCUCCACACGAAGAUCUCUGCUACCUUGGAAGAGUGUCCUCAUAGCCAACAGUCAGACUCAGCUUAUCGAGAAACUAAGUGCAGAGUCCAUAGCUCCCACGCGUUCGACCAAGCGACCACUGGUGGGCCUAGUCUUCACCGGCCAAGGAGCCCACUGGCCACAGAUGGGCCAAGAACUUAUUUAUUAUCCCGUCUUUGCGAAAUCCCUGCAAAAAUCCCAAAAUAUACUCCUGGAGCUAGGGGCCACUUGGAAGCUGCAAGAUGAACUGUUCAAUAUUCCCGAAGUCUCUCAGCUGGGUUCCCCGCAAAUUAGCCAAGUCUCCUGCUGUGCCAUACAAAUUGCACUGGUGGACUUGCUGUGUUCAUGGGGACUAGAUAUCACCGCCGUCGUCGGCCAUUCUAGCGGUGAAAUUGCCGCUAGUUAUGCGGCCGGAAUUCUGACUGCUGCUUCCUGUAUCAAAGUGGCAUAUCAUCGUGGGAUGGCGAUGGUGGAGAUGAAACAGCAGUUUCCAAAUUUGAAGGGUUCAAUGAUUGCCGUUGGAUGCAGCGAGGCUGUGUUACAGACUCUACUGGCUUCCCUGAUUUCCGGCUUGGCUACCAUCGCAUGCAAGAAUAGUCCCUCCAGCUUUACGGUAUCAGGUGACUCCAGCGCAAUCGAGGAGCUUCAUAUCCUAUGCGAUGCGCAGGAUAUUUUCAACCGGACUUUGAAAAUUGACAUCGCCUACCAUUCAAGUCAUAUGAGUUUCGUUGCCGAAAGCUACCUCGAGGCCCUUGGCGACAUUAAUUGUGUUCAGAGUCCAGUGAGGUUUUUCUCCUCAGCCGAAGGUGGCCUACUUCGAGAGCCAAAUCUUAAUAGCCGCUACUGGAUGAAAAAUCUGGCUGGCAAAGUCCUCUUUUCGGACUCCCUCUCGGCUAUGUGUCGCUAUACUGAAUUAAUUGAGGGGAAUAAAUGGGAAAUCGACACUCUUGUGGAAGUUGGUCCCCAUGCAGCCCUCAAAGGCCCUGUUUUGCAGGUCCUAAAAAGCAUAGCAAAGGACCAACAUAUUGAAUACAUCCCAACACUGAUCAGAGGAAAGAACGGCAUUCAUACCAUGCAUGAACUGGCGGCCUCGCUAUUUUUAAAAGGAUUUCCUAUCAAUCUGAAGAAAACCAAUUUCGAAAACAGUCCAAACCUAUUUAAGCAGUUCGCCGUUUUGGGGGAUCUCCCGUCUUACCCGUGGAAGCACGAGGAAGAAUACUGGCACGAACCGCGAAUCAACAAGUUUUACCGGAAAAACAAGAUACCCUAUAAUGAUCUACUGGGCUCCUGUGCUUCGGAUUUUAACAACCUGGAGCCUCGAUGGAGGAACAUCAUUCGCCUGGAUGACCUACCGUGGCUUCGUGAUCAUUGUGUUCAGUCGGAGGUAGUCUUCCCCAUGUCUGGCUACAUUUCAAUGGCCAUUGAGGCCGCAUCACAAUACAACCUGCUGCAAGGGAAGAGCUAUCCUGCAUCAUACAUUCUCCGAGAGGUGUUAGUCAAGUCUCCGUUGACGCUCUCUGAGAUGGUUGAGUAUGAUAUUACCCUGUCACUUCGCCCGCAUGUAAUUGGACCUCGAACCCAGUCCGGAAAGUGGUAUGAGUUCGCCAUAUUCUCAUGCUGCGGAGAUUUAGAGUUUGAAGAACGCUGCAGAGGCAAUAUUUGCGUUCUGAAUAGGCCUCGGGUUGGGAUCAAAUAUGGCCAUGUUUCUCCAGACGGCUUUGCCGGACUACUACUGGAUAACACCAAUUUACAUGCAAUAAUCGAGAACUUAGGUCUUGGGUAUGGUUCUGCCUUUCAGGGCCUGCAUGACAUCAAAGCUACUGGCUGCGAAGCCAUCGCAAAACUAAGGAUUCCAGACACCACCAAGAGCAUGCCCUCUAUGCGCGAGAGUGCGUACGUGCUGCAUCCAGCGACAUUAAAUGUCCUGAUGCAGCUGGCUUUGCCCCUUAUAUGCUCUAAUCUUGGUGGAUUGAACAAACUCUAUAUGCCCCACUAUAUUGAGGAAAUUGAGAUCCAACCUCCAACAGCCGCGGAGGGAGGCAAUGAUCUCGACGUGGGCGGCAUCAUGUCGGACCCUUCUUCAGAUGCUCCUGUGUUUUCGCUUUUCGCGCAAAAUGAUGGUAGACGCUUCAUCUCUAUCAAAGGCUUGGAAUGUCGAGGGCGAAAUUUGCCGGAAGUUUCCUCGACCAUGGAAAAUUUCUGUCACAAGAUCGAAUGGAUGCCUUGGGUGGACAUUCUCUCCGGCAAUGAACUACGACGUGCUUUUCAAGUGUCUAGCGAAGGUGUUACUGAUGAGCAGUCGCGCAUCAGGCUACUUAAGAAUGUUUCGUUGUACUACAUGCAUGAGGCAUUGGAGCAGAUCGGGAAUUAUGAUGGGUCACGACAAGUGAACAUGUACCGAUGGAUGAAAGAAAAGGUCCAAGAACAAUGGCAUGAUAACAUAGAUGACCAGCACGCCCAGGAGCUUGUGCAAAACGCACGUGGUACUGGGUCCGUUGGAAGGUUCCUUUGCCGGAUGGGCGAAAAUAUUGCCCGGAUCAUUCGCGAAGAAGUGGAGCCACUCAGCCUGAUGUUGGAAGACGACUUACUCACGAGGUACUAUGAGGAUUCAGAGCCUCUAAAGAACCGUCUAUAUCCCGCAGCGGCAUCGAUCGUUGCUUCGUUGGCUCAUCGGAAUCCCAACCUGCGCAUUUUGGAGAUUGGGGCCGGAACAGGGGGAGUAACACUACCCAUUCUGCAGACGCUCGGUGAACCAGGAGCAAAUAGUCAAACCAUCUUUGAAUCCUAUGUUUUUACAGAUGUGACUGCCGGGUUCUUUGAAAAAUCCAAGAUCAAGCUCCAGGCAUGGAAGCAGGUAUUGGACUUCCGAGUUCUGGACAUUGAAGCCUCACCAAAGAGUCAGGGCUUGGUAGAAGGGAACUACGAUCUGAUCAUCGCAGCCAAUGUCUUACACGCAACGGUCAAUAUGUCAAAAACAAUGACAAACGUUCGCUCUCUUCUCAAACCUGGAGGUACAUUACUUUUGCUAGAAAUCACGAGCCCAAGCAUCGCAUUGUUCCCGUUUACGGCAUUACCCGGCUGGUGGCUUGGGGAAGAGGAAUUUCGUCAAAACGGACCAACCCUUUCUUCCAAUACUUGGGACAGAGUUUUACGAUCCACAGGUUUCUCUGGUAUUCAUGCAGAGCUUUACGAUUACCCAGAUACCUCCGAGCAAGAAUGCAGCUUGAUUGUGAGUUCGGCAACGGCGCCUGACCAGUGUGCCCCGAGCGAAGAUCUCACCAUUCUCGCCGGGACCUCCUCGGAGGGCCUUGCAGAAGCAGUCAAGAGUAGCCUAGCCAAAUCCCUACAAAUUACGGCACGUAUCAGGUCACUCGAGGCCAUUGCCACCGAGCCCAACAUUUCCAAGAACUGUAUUGUAUUGGAGAACUUUGACGCCCCGCUUCUGCACGAGAUCACCAAGCUUCAAUUUUGGGGCCUCCAGCGUAUCUGCGAGGCGGACAGAACUCUAUGGGUGGUAGCAGGGGCCAACCAAGAAUCCGUCAACCCGAAGGCGAGCAUGACGUUGGGGCUCGCCCGGACUAUUCGUGAGGAAAAUCACCACCAGAAACUGGUGGUAUUGGAUCUAGAUCCCAAAAAUCGGCUCCCAGAUGCCGAAGCAGCUGCCAUGAUUCUCCGCGUCUUUUUACAAUCCUUUAAUAAGCCGGAUAUACCUCUAGCGGAGCUCGAACUCUCUGAAAGAGACGGGAUAAUUCAUAUUCCGCGGUACAAGCCGGACACUGAAAUGAACCGGUUAAUCAUUGACACCCGGGAGCAAUUUGCACCGCGAUAUCAAACCGGCUGGGAUAGUGGACAUAUACUUAAGAUGCAAGUACAGGCACCCGGGGCCUCUAGCAGCCUCACCUUCCUUGAUACUGGGCUAUCACUACCAGCCAUCAAUGACUUGGAUAUCGAAAUUGAGGUCAAGGCUAGUGGUGUCAGCUUUCAAGACAUAGUGAUUAGCAAUGGCAAAGCUGCUGGGGACCUUGGCUUCGAAUGCAGUGGUGUGAUCACGGCCACCGGGCUUGGAGUCAUGGACUUGACCGUUGGGGAUCGUGUUUGCGCUUUGACACGAGGCACAUAUGCAUCCAUCGUGCGCUGCUCUUCGAUUCGGGUGGUCAAGAUUCCCGAUGCAAUGGCAUACACAACCGCGGCCGCCAUCCCUAUGGCCUUUGUAACAGCCUACUACUCUGUAGUCACGGUCGGUCACCUCGAGCAGGGCCAAAAAAUCCUCAUUCACCAAGCUGCGGGAGCUGUCGGUCAAAUGGCUGUCAGAAUUGCGCAGUACAUCGGUGCCGAGGUCUAUGCGACGGUGGGUUUUGCCGAGAAGAAGGAAGCAAUCGCAGACUAUUUCCAGAUUCCAUUCGACCACAUCCUCUGCGAGGAUCAAAUCUCAUCGUACGAAAAUUUGAUGACAGGAAAUGGAUAUGAUGUUGUUAUGAAUACCCGGUCCAAUGAAGCACUAGAUAUGUCGUGGAAGUGCCUGGGACCGCAUGGGAGAUUUGUCAAUCUUGCCCUCACAGAUAUCUUGGAUGACAACCGACUUUCUAUGAGGCCGUUCAACAGAGGUGCUUCCUUCUGCUCGAUAAACCUGGAGGCCUUAAUGAAGGACGAACCCCAGCUGUUGCACGAUAUUUUGUUCCAUGGAAUUGAUUGGUACGCUACUGGGGUGAUCAAGUCGGUAAUGUCGCCCAAGUGCUACCCCAUUGGGGCGAUAGAGGAUGCCUUCAGCUAUCUCAGUCACGGUAAUUCGAUUGGGAAGCUGGUCAUUGACCUCUCAUCGCCGGGCCCAGUAUCGGUGGUCGUAGAUGAAUCAAUUCUGCCGUUGUUCACGUCCGAUGAGGCCUACCUUGUUGUGGAUGGCGGUGGUGGCAUUGGAAAAAGCAUCAUUCAGUGGAUGACCCGCAGAGGGGCCAAGAACAUUAUCUUCGUGAGUCGCAGCGGGCCACAAUCAGAAAGAGUGCGCGAGCUGGAGUCGGAGAUGCAACUGAAAGGUAUACGACUGGCGGUGUUCCAAGGUGAUGCUGCGGAUGCCAGCAGCCUAGACCAUGUUAUCAACGAGAGUGCAAAGAUUCUUCCGCCCAUAAGAGGAGUUAUUCACAGUGAUAUGGUACACAGUACUAUGUUGUUCGAAAACAUGCCAUUUGAGGAUUAUUGCGCGGUGGUCAAUCCUAAGAUUCAGGGUGCAUGGAACCUGCAUCAACAUUUCAGUGAUCCCCGGGUCCUUAGGUUCUUCAUAAUUCUAUCAUCCAUUACUGGUACCGUUGGGACCCCAAUGCACAGUGCCGUAGGCGCUGCCGCAACCUAUUUGGGAUCAUUGGCACGAAUGCGGAAGAAUCAAGGCCUCCCUGGUGUCUCCGUCAGCUUAGGCCCACAGGUCAAAGUCGGAUGCAUUGCCGAGCAAAGCAGUCGACAGAAAGUCAUUGACAAAAACUGGGGUGAUUCAGGUCUCACCGACAUGGACAUCAAUGAUAUUCUGGAUACAGUGAUCAGUGGACGAUAUGAUCCCAGCUGGGAUACAGAAUGCUAUACCUGCCUGCUUCCGCCCUCCUCGCAUCCUCCUUUCUGGUUUUCAGAUAGUCGAUUCGUUCAUUGCCGGCAUCCCCGUAUGACGGGAGAACAGGAUACCGACAAUUUCGAUAACAAACCCGUUGUCCCGCUAGGCCAGUUGUUGUCCAAUAGUCAGUCUCUUGAAGACAACCAAUCUAUUAUUUAUGAGGCCGUCGUGGGGAAGUUUGUUUCGGUCCUGUCGUUACACCCGGAUGAUAUUGUUCCCUCAAAGCCGCCUAGUGCGUACGGGGUGGAUUCUUUGGUGGCCGGUGAGAUCCGCAAUUGGAUUGUGCGUGAACUGAAGGCAAGUCUGAGCCUACCAGAGCUUAUGAACAGUGCUUCCUUUGUGGACUUGUCCGAUACCAUCACUCAACGGUAUCAGGUGGUGAAGGCGGCCUAA